CCUCCCCACUGGUUCAUAUCCCACCACCAUACAAUCUUCUUCUUUUUUUUUUUUUUUUUCCCUCGGCUCGCGCACCUCGUUAUCGGUCAUCUUUUGCCCGCCCCUGUCACCGACCAAGCAACAGCAACAGUAACAGUACUUCCUCUAGUCGUCUUCCCUAUUUUCCUUGCCCGUCGCCGUAAUCACUAGUCCAGGAUUUAUCUGGAUUUGGUUUCACGACUAUGGAAAAUGAGGUUCAAGAUGUGGGUGCAAAUAGUACAGAGACAGUCCAGUCCUAUUAUCCCCAGGUCUCUACAGAAGAAACUCCUCAAGUUGGAAUGGAGUUCGAUACCGAAGAAGAAGCAUAUCAAUUCUACUUAGCUUAUGCUAAAAAGGUAGGUUUUGGCAUGAAAAGACAUAAAAUGCAUAAAGAUCAAGUGGGUAGGAUAAUAUUGAGGAGGUUUUCUUGUAGUGCCGAAGGAAAAAGGGAAGUAGAUAGGAGAAGUAUCAACGUGAGAACUCCACGACCAAUAACAAGAUUUGAUUGCAAGGCAACAAUGAAGAUUCGUUUGAAAGAGAAUAUGAAAUAUCAAAUAAUUGAGUUUGUUUCCGAACAUACUCAUCAGCUUACCUGUCCUCAAGAAACACAUGCAUGUAGAGGACAGAGGAGGAUAAAUGAUGCUCAUGUUGUCCACAUUGAUAUAGGACUUGCUCCAAGAGUCUCGCAUGAUUUUAUAGUUGAAGAAGUUGGUGGCCAAGAUAGUUUAGGAUUUAUCAAGCAGGAUUGCAAAAAUUAUCUGUGUUCAAAGAGAACAAAAUAUAUGGAGAUUGGGGAUGUUGGAGGUAUUCUGGAAUAUUUACAAGAGAUGCAAUGUAAAGAUCCAAAAUUUUCAUAUUUUAUUCAAGUGGACGAAGAUGAUAAGAUAACAAAUAUAUUUUGGGUGGAUGGUUGGAUGAAAGCAAGUUAUGAUGAUUUUGGUGAUGUAGUCAGUUUCGAUACAACAUAUAGAAAGAACAAGGAAAAUCGUCCUCUUGCUUUAUUUGUUGGUGUUAAUCAUCAUAAGCAAACAGUUGUUUUUGGCGCUGCACUUUUAUAUGACGAGACAAUUCCUUCAUUUGAAUGGUUAUUUGACACGUUUGCCAGUAUCAUGGGUGGAAAAAAGCCUGUUACUAUUUUGACAGAUGAAGAUGAUGCUAUGGCUAAUGCAUUGGUUGCAAGGUGGCCCGAGACUCAUCACAAAUUAUGUAUUUGGCAUAUUUAUCAAAAUGCUACAAUACAUUUGAGUGAUAUUUUUGAAAAGCACGAAAAGUUUGCACAUGAUUUUGGGAGAUGUAUCUAUGACAUUGAAGAAGAAGACGAAUUUUUGUACGAAUGGAAUGAAAUGUUGGUGAAGUAUGAUUUGUUGGAAAAUGUUUGGUUGAAGAGGUUGUUUAGAGUGAAAGAAAAAUGGGCAUUGGUUUAUGAUCGUCAAUUCUUUUGUGCCGAUAUUACUUCAACACAACGUAAUGAGAGCAUCCACAAGGUCAUAAAAAAAUAUGUCAGUUCUAACAACAAUUUGCGAAUAUUUUUUAAAGUGUUUGAGAAGUUGAUUGAAUACUACCGGUUCGAAGAGUUGAAUGCUGAUUUCGAAGCAAGUACAAGUGCUCAAGUUGUGCCAAUUCAACUUUUGAAACAUGCUGCAAGUUUGUAUACACCUGAGGUUUUUAAGGAUUUUCAAAAUGAAUUGUGGAAAGCCUUUGAUUGCACUGGGGUUCUUAGGGGCGCAUAUGGAACAGUGGCAGAGUAUCAUGUUAGUUAUCUUGGAAGAACAAAACCUCAUGUUGUUAAAUAUAACUCUGGAGAUGGUACUGUUUCUUGUAGUUGCAAAAAAUUUGAAUUUGGUGGGUUAUUAUGCUUUCAUGCAUUGAAAAUUCUCACAAAUAAUAAUAUUUUGGAGAUUCCAAAGCAGUAUGUAUUGAAGAGAUGGACAAAAUCGGCAAAGGUAGGAUGUUUGCCUGGUAGAAUAGCUUCAUUGGAAGAUCCAAGGACAAAAUCGAGCACCAGGGGUACAGAUUUGAGUUUGUUCUUCAACAAACUAGUUACAAGAGCUUCUGAAACUAAAGAAAGUUAUGAGUUGAUGAAAAGAAUAUUUGUGAAGACACUUGAAAGGGUGGACCAACACUUACACAGUAGAAAAGUUGUGUGUGAAGGAUCAUGUGUGAGGGAUAUAUGUUCAUGUAAUAAACACAAAAGUGGAUUGGAGAAGAACUCAAAGAAAAGAAAUCAAACUGAAGCACAAAGAAAUGAAGUUUUACCAGAGCCACAGCCAUUCAUUAAUCAAACAUAUCUUGAAAGACGCGACAUUGCCUUACAACAAAAUCAAGCAGCUCAACAUCAGAAUCAAGUUCUUACUCCAAUACCAAGCAUACAUCCACAAUUCCCCAAUGACUCGACUUCUGCUAUAAAGUUCUCUGAAUCAUUUGAGGUUCAAUCAGCCCGUCGUUACGACUGUUUUCCAUGUAGCACCCCUGUAACUGCUAAUCUUGGUGGUGAAAGAAGCGACCAGACUUCGCAACAAUCUGAUCUUCCCGAACAAUCUGAUCUUCGGUGAAGGUGUAAACAAUCUGAGACUUUAUUUAGAUGGUUUGGGUGCUUACUGCUUUGGAUGUUUAAACGGUUUGGAUGUUUUAUACUUUGUUUAUGAAGGUUCGGGGUCCUGAAAAUGGAGGCAUCUGUGAUCAUAUGUUUUACUGCUAGAUUGAUGUGAUAGCAAGGUAUAGGCCAGGAAUGCCUGUUUUGUCUGUUGUGAUCCCUCGGAACUCAAGUCUUAUCCACCAAGAUGGAGUUUUAGCGGUGCAUUUGAGGAUCUUGAUUCAUUGCUUUUGGAUGAUCCGACAAACCACCUUGAUGUCGAUCCGAUUGAGUGGCAAGAGGGUUGUACUAAAACAGGAUUUAUCAUUGGCUAUCAUAUGCUAUGACAGCAGUUUUUUCUUGAUCAAGUAAAUAUGUACAAAAAUUAUGCAUUCAGUUUAAUUAGCUAAUACUCCUCUUUACUUUCACUAGAUUAGUUUUAAGCUAAUCUUUUUAUUC